UUUCAAACCAAACCAUGGGCUUAGCUUUCUCAAACUACUCCACCAAUCAAAGGAAGAAGCUCCAUUAAAAGGGAAGAGAGCUCAAUACCAAAUCCCUAAACCCCCAAAUCUCCCCCUCCAUCAAAUUAAUCACAUCGAUUAAUCGAAAAACUCAUCAAUUACAGUGAUCAUGUUAGGGAAGACGUCGAAGCCGGUGAUCGAGAUCCUCACCGGCUCCUUCUCCUCCGGCGCCGGAAGCCCUAGGUCUCAGAUUCAGUCGCCGAGGGGGCUGAAGAGCCUAGAUCUCGGCGCGGUGGGGCUAGGCAUCGUCGCGGCGCUCGAGAAAUCUGGAGGUAGUAGGGAUGGAAUUCCGGCGCUGUUCAGCCGGAAUUUCGCGCGAUCGAGUCCGAUUCCGGUGAAUUCGCCGAUUAGGAGGAGAGAGGCGGAGGAGGAUAGCUCGGAGGAGUACACGAUAGUGACGUGUCACGGCGGGAGCAAGCCGCGCACGAAGGUGUACGCGGCGGAGGGAGGGAGGAAGGGCGACGGGAGAUCUCCGUUCAGGAUACAGAGCGGUAAGAUGAGCAAUCGCGCCGCGGUGUUCCACAUAUCGCCGGCGAGAGGCGCGGAGGCUGGAGGCGCUCCGACGACGGAUUUUCUGAAUUCGUGCGAUUUGUGCAGGAAGAAGCUCCACGGCAAGGAUAUAUACAUGUAUAGAGGUGAGAAAGCGUUUUGUAGCGCGGAUUGCCGGUAUACGCAGAUGGUGAUGGAUGAGCGGAAGGAGAAGUGUAGCGCGGAAGCGACGGCGGCGGCGGAAGUUGUAGGCUCGCCGUAUGCGAACGGCCAGAUGUUCACCGCCGGAAUUUUGGCCGUGUAGAUUUCCGGUGACAUGAAUAAGUAAUUUUAGAGUACAUAUAUAUGUAUGUAUACAUAAACACUGCGGAAUUGUAACACUUUCCUUCAUAUAUAAUGAGAAACAGCUCAUCAAAUUUUGUUCA